AUGGGGCAUGUGACUGGAACAACCAAAGCUCCUAGUGAGGAGGAUGUGGACGGUUAUACUAAGUGGGAGGAUGAUGAUGGAUCUGUGAUGGCGAUCUUAUUCAAAGCUAUGACUGAAAAUGUGCUACAGUUGGUAGAAGGGUGUGAGACUGCUGAAGCAAUAUGGAAGACAUUAGGGGAUCUGUAUACAAAUGAGUCUGAUUUUAUACAGAUCAAGAAUCAGGAAGAUCUUGCGUGGUACCAGAAGGAGAAAGAACUUGAAAGAGUUCAUGUAUUCUUGAGAGGGCUUGAUGAUAAGCAUAGCAAUGCCAAAGGAGAAUUGCUCAGAAUGACAGACCCUCCUAGUCUAAACACAGCUUUUACAUACAUCCGCAAGGAUGAGCCUCAACAGGGCAGUAUCAAACAUGCACGGGUUGAAGUGUCUAGCCUAGCCAUUCAAGUAAAAUCACCAGCACCAUUUCUCCAACAGCAGAUAUCAGUCCCACUUUAUCAGCAAGGACCUCCACCAGGCUUUCCUAAUCGCCCUCGUCCACAAUGUGCUUAUUGCAAUGAUGUUGGGCAUGUUCGAGAGACUUGCUGGAAACUGAACCCGCACCUCAAACCUAAAAAGCAAGGUUAUCAUCCUAAAGCAAAAGCAGCUGCUGUUCAAUUGGUCCAAGAACCAGAUUUCUAUGGAGUGGCUGGAUAG